GUGUGUGUUCGUGCUGCGUGCCGCGCGUGUGUUUGCCUUUUUCUCCCCAAAGCGAACAUGAACUAGUUUGUUGGGCUACACUUUCCUUCUCCUCCAUCCAUCCAUCCAUCCAUCCAUCCAUCCAUCCAUCCACCCGUCCCCCCCUUUCCUCGCCUCCUUGCUCCCUUUCCCGUGCGUCCCGUCGAUCGGCUCGGCGGCACACUUGCGACUCCGCUGGGUGAUGUUGGACAUGGGCGAACGCAAAGAGCUCAAAAUGAUCCCCAAGUCGUCCUUCACCAUCCACAGCCUGGUGCCCGAGGCCGCGCAGAGCGACAACCGCAGCCACGGCCACCGUCACCACCCGCACAACGGCAGCGGAGGCAACAACCACCAGCACCACCACGUCCAGAACCACCACCCCUACCACCACCACCCCCAGAACGACGAGCUCAAGCCCGCUGCCGCGCAGCAGGAUGCCAGCAAGACGGAAGGCAAGAGCGAUCCACCACGGCCCGAAGGCUCCGGCGGCGGCCAGGAAACCCCCUUGGCGGACUUGGCGUCAGCGGCAGAGAAGCCCGAAGACAAGAAGGAGGGCAAAGACGAGGCAGCGGCUGGCGGCGGCGACGCCGGCUGCAAGGAGGCUGAGAAGAAGGGCGGCAAGUUCGAGAAGCCUCCGUUCUCAUACAACGCGCUCAUCAUGAUGGCCAUCCGCCAGAGCCCGGAAAAGCGGCUCACGCUCAACGGCAUCUACGAGUUUAUCAUGAAGAACUUCCCCUACUACCGCGAGAACAAGCAGGGCUGGCAGAACUCCAUCCGCCACAACCUGUCGCUCAACAAGUGCUUCGUCAAGGUGCCACGCCACUACGACGACCCGGGCAAGGGCAACUACUGGAUGCUGGACCCCAGCAGCGACGACGUCUUCAUCGGCGGCACCACCGGCAAGUUGCGCCGGCGCUCCACCACCUCCCGAGCCAAGCUGGCUUUCAAGCGUGGAGCGCGCCUCACCACCGGCCUCACCUUUAUGGAGCGGGCCGGUUCGCUUUACUGGCCCGUGUCGCCCUUCCUGUCGCUGCACCACCCAAGGGCGGGCGCCGCCGUGGGCUACAACGGGCCCGCCUCAGCGGCGGCGGCGGCUGCCGCGGCCGCGGCCGCGGCGGCCGCGGCCUACCCUGCCCACCCGGUGUCUUACGGAGCCGUGCUGGGCCAGAACGUCCACGGCGCCGGGCACCCGUUCUCGCCGUCGCCCAACGGCCUGAGCAUGGAGCGGCUGGUCGGUGGAGAGCUGCCCUACGCCACGCACCAUCUAACGGCGGCGGCGCUGGCGGCCUCAGCGAUGCCCUGCGGCCUGUCGGUGCCCUGCUCCGGCACCACCUACUCCCUCAACCCGUGCUCGGUCAACCUGCUGUCCGGCCAAACCAGCUACUUCUUCCCGCACGUCCCAGUGAGCACCGCGGGCGGCGGCGGUGGUGCGGGCGGAGGAGGCGGCGGCGCCGGCGGCCAACCCGUCGUCCGGGCCCCGGCCUCCGGCUCCUCGCAGGCUUCCACAUGUGACUCUCUGAGACCCCCCAUGGGCGCCUCUCUGCCGUCCUUUUCGUCUGGACUGUCCGCCGGACUUUCUGACUAUUUCACGCACCAGAACCAGGCCUCUGCGCCCAAUCCGCUCAUCCACUAACGGAACCGACAACGGCGAAACUCCGCAACUCACGUUGGGGUCCACCAGAAGGAAGCGGUGUGUCGACCUGGACAGACUGGACGGAAAACGCGUCCGACAUCUUUGAAUCCUUAACAAGGGCUCGUCUUCAACUUUGACCCAUGACCUGAGAGUGGGGCCGGCUGGGGGAAGAAGGGGCUCACGGUGACGUCCGGUCACGACACACGCUCACAUGGCCGGGACGGUCCAAGCACACGCCGGACUUCCCGCUUUGAUCGAUCGAGCAGCUCAAUUCUUUGUCCGUCAAAUUUCAAAACAUUUGUCAUGUUUGGUCUGUUUUCAUGCUCACUGUUUUAACAGCAGCACCGUUUUGAAUUGUCAACUUCAACGCUUGACCACCAAGAAUUAUUAACUCCCAUUGUAGAACCAGGCUACUUUUUAUCCAAGCACAAAUGAGGAGGUCCCAAAAAGAAUCAUUAAGGUAAAGUAGAGACGGGCAGAUAGGUCCACCGGUGCUAACGGGGCUUUUGCUACCUUGGAAUCUUAGCCACCGACAUGCCAGCGGGAAGCUAAGCUAAUAACCGCGUAGAAUCACUCAUUGACUUUGCCACAUUACUGCCUCGCAUCCUGUGCUUGUUUUGUCACCGUGCCACCUAUCUUGUCAGCCACUUAGCAUCUUAGCUCCUCGGUAUGUACCACAGUCCCGGUUGCUGACCAAUCACAAGAUCAAAUGUUGGACAUCUGUUUCUAUGGUGACCAUUUGAACACAACAAGCGCAACGCUCGCGACACUCAACUUCAUUCUACCGUACCUGCACUGAGCUACCCGAAUGUCUGAGACACUAGCCGACGUGAAUCUCAGCACUCAUGCACGGACACACACAACACACACGGUCGUUUCUUGUCAUUUUGCCGUCCGUCUGUCAUGGGCGUCGGAGUGUCUCGUUUUGGGAAAGCGAUCUUCCUGGCGGCCGGCAGGAAAAACUGGUCUUGACAAGAUCUCCGUCUCGAUAGGAUCUCCCUCCCAAAACAAAGCCUCGGCUGUUUUAGCACCGCCCCCUCAGCGCCUCGUCGCCAAAACACUUUGCCCACGUUGUACUCCGCUUUGGAUGCUUUGAUACCUGAAAAGGCUUCCACUUGUUCACCCCUUUCCGAAAACCCCUUUGCAUCCCCCACUUCCUCCUCCAUGCCAGCGGAGCGGAAAAUGACAGUAUUCUCCCCGCAACCCCCCCAAAGUGGGGCCCAGACGUCAAAGUUAGCACGGAGGAGCCAAGUGUCCGAUAUCAGCUAAUGCGAGCAACAACUAACUAGCCCAUUAGCAAUGGCGACCACUCACAUGCUAUUUAUUAUUUAGUACACUUUGCGGAUGUGUGUCCUCUCCUCGCACGCAGCUGGCUAAGCUAACGUUAGCAUGCCCUAAAAUAGGGGUGCCCAAUACGUCGAUCGCGA